AUGCAUAUUGAGCAAUGGCUGAUUCUUGCGAUUAUACCUGUAAACAUGAUCGGAAUAGUCACAAAUUGGCUGGUGGUAACUGCAAUCAUAUUGAAUAAAACCGUGAAUCAUUCAUUUUCACUUCUCACCAGCAAUCAAGCUAUAUUCAAUGGUGUUUUCUCAGUUGUAUACCUCGUCUACGUAGUGCCAAUGAUAUUUUUUGAUUCUUCAUUUAUGAAACUGAACGUACAUCAUGUUGCAUUUAUUCUAUUAAUUUGUUACGAUGCUUCGAUCCAUGCCCACGCCAUAAUAACAAUUAACCGAUUUUGUGCGGUGUUUUUACCAAUUGCAUACAAAACGUUGUUAAGUUCAACACGGACAAAAGUUAUAAUUGCUUUUUCAUUUAUCCUUUCUCUGGCGUUUUUGACAAUUUUAUUCCAGAUUUAUCCAUGUCAAAUGUAUUAUAACAAAGAGUUAGGACUUGUAUAUACAGAUUUGCCAAUUUGCAUGACUUACUCUAAAUAUGGAGAUAUUGGAAAAUUGAUUUCAUUUAGCAUUUUUAAUGUAAUAAUUGAUACGAUCACAGUUUGGAAAGUGAGAAAAGUACGAAGUCAACAUGGAAAACAUAAAUUUACAAACAAAGAAAUUGAUUUCUUGAAACAGUCGUUCAGUCAAGCAAUAUAUUUGCUGGUAACCACUUCCUGUUUUGUAAUUAUCCCAAUGUAUAUUACAAAUCCAGUUGCUGAAUUAAUAAUGGGUACUUUCUUUUGGCCAACGAUUCAUGCAUUGGACGGAGCCAUCACUUUAUAUUUCAACACUGAAAUUCAAAGAUCUUUAUUGAAAUAUUGUUCCAAAACAAGUGUGGCAUCAAUGAAUUAUAUUACAAAAAAUGGAGGAAUGUCGCAUGCAAUAACACUGAAAUGA